CAACAUUGGUUGUUGUUGGAAGAAUAAUGUAAAUAUUGUGGAAUGAUAAAAGUUUUUUUUUAUUUACUUUUAAUGAACACUGAGCUAUAUUCAUGAUUAAUUUAGAUUGAUAUUUAGCUUGCCGUCCUGAUUCUUGUGGCAGCUAAGCAGCAAGAUGCAAAAUUCUACUCAAGGCAUCCAGUUUAAAAAAAUGGAUUUCUGUUUCCAAGAGAACAGAAUUUGUUUGCCUUUUACCACUUGUAUUCGUGAUGGCGUAAUCUUGUUAAAUCUUGCAACUGGUUCUGGAAAUGCUCUUGACUUGAUGAAGAAACAAUUAUCUAAUGAACCACCUCCCCGUAAAAAAGAAGAAAUAGUGGAAAAUAACACACCUAGAAAUGAAAAACCUUUGCCUAUUCCUUUCAAAACAGCUGUAAAUCAUAUGGAAGAUGAAAGUAUUUUAGAAGGAGAAAGGCUUGCUCAAAAAAUUUUAAAUGAGUUCCGAUUAAAACAGUCUGAAGCUCAAACUAAAAAACCCACUUCCACAGGCAAGCAAAAAAAUUAUCAUGCACGGGCACAAAAAAAUAAUCACGAGCGGGCACAAAAAAAUAAUCACGAGCGGGCACAAAAAAAUAAUCACGAGCGGGCACAAAAAAAUAAUCACGAGCGGGCGCAAAAAAAUAAUCACGAGCAGGCACAAAAAAAUAAUAAUAAGCAAGCACAAAAAAAUAAUAAUGUGCAAGCACCAAAAAAUAAUAAUGAGCAAGCACAAAAAAAUUAUAACGAGCAAGCACAAAAAAAUUAUAACGAGCAAGCACAAAAAAAUUAUAACGAGCAAGCACAAAAAAAUUAUAACGAACAAGCACAAAAAAAUAAUCAUGAACAGGCACAAGAAAAUAAUCAUGAACAGGCGCAAGAAAAUAAUCAUGAACAGGCACAAGAAAAUAAUCAUGAACAGGAACAAAAAAGUGAUAAUUUAAAAACAGGCAACACAAUAAAAUCAGAUGGACAAAAUGCACCUACUUUUGGAUUGAAAAAACUAACUUUGAAAGAAAAGUACAGAGAAAUUAAUAAAAAACACAACCUGAAAGUUUUAAAAAGAAGAUCACAGUUAAAUAUAAGCAGUUCAGUUAAGUCAAAAAUCCAGCUAAUAUAUAAGCAUAAUUUAUCCAAAGGAAUCAAAUCUUUUGAUUCGAAUGAGAAUAAUUCAGACUUGCCUACAUCAGAAUAUUUUGUUUCUUGUAGAUUUUGUAAAAAAAGUUUCAAAGUGCUAGAUGAUAUUCAUAAUCAUUAUUGCAAUAAUUCUAAAAAUGUUUAUAAUGAAAUGGUGUUCAAAUGUGAAUUCUGUCCAAGUGCAUUUAAAUAUAAGAACCAUUUAGAUAGGCACAUGAUAGGUCAUAAUCGAAAUAAUUGUAAAUUUUGCAAUGAACGAUUUACAAAACGGAAAGCACUUUGUAAACAUCUUAAAAGUGUCCACAAUAUCAUUGAACAUGAAAAAGUAUACAAAUGUAAUUUUUGUGAAAAAGUCUACACUAAAAGAUUGCAAUUGCAUUUACAUUUGAAAUCUCAUGCUGAAGGUAAAUUGUUGUGUUUAAAAUGUGGUUUUAUGUGCUCAAAUAAUGAGGAAUAUGCUGAACAUGGAAAAGAACAUAUCAAAGACACAAAAUUUGAAUGUACUUUCUGUGGUAAAAGGUUUGCACGACGGCAACAAUAUGAGCAGCAUAUGAUGGGACAUGAGAGGCAUUUUUGUAUGAAAUGUAAUGUGACAUUUUCAACCAAAAAAAUGUUACUAAAGCACCAGCAAACAAUUCAUGGGAUAAGUGUGUUGAAAAAGCAUCAGUGUUUAGUUUGCCAUAAAUUUUUUGUUCGUCCAAUUCAUUUAGAAAUCCACUUAAGGAUGCAUACUGGAGAAAAGCCUGUGAGAUGUUCUAGAUGUGAAAAAAGCUUUACAACUGAAAGAUCUCUUUCAAAACAUUUGAAAUCAGCAAGGCAUUUGCAAGUAGUUAAUGAUGGUAAGAGAGUAGAAUUAGAAAAACCAUUUUUGUGUUCCAUUUGUGGUAACAGAUUUCAUCAACAACAGAGUCUUCUUCGUCAUAUUGAAAUGAUUCACACUGAAGGAGAAGCAAUAAAAUGUGACCAGUGUGAUUACAGUACAAAAUGCAAAGCUAAUUUAAAAAGGCAUGCCGAAGGUCAUUCUAAUAUUAAACGAUAUGUUUGUGAAAUUUGUGGUUUUACAUUUCGGGCAUUCGCAACCUUGAAAGAACAUCAUUUAUUUGUUCAUUCAGAAAAUAGAAGCUUUGUUUGUGAAAUCUGUGAAAAAAGCUUUAAGAACAAGAGUAGUUUACAACGACAUUUAAGGAUUCAUAGUGAAAUAAGACCUUUUAAAUGCCACUGCAACCGAGACUAUAAAAGACUAUCCCAUCUAAAGCGACAUAUGGUGGCUGCUCAUCAUAUGACCAUUAGAAGGAGUUCUGAUGCAAAAAAGCUGGAGGUCUGUAAAAUAGAAAUAAAUAAAAUUGAAGAAAAAUCAAAAUCUUUAAUAAGUGAAAGUAUGGGUGAAGCGAAAGAUUCCACUUCGAGUAAUGGUGUUAUUUUAUUGAAUCUACCCAAGAAUUUUCUUCCCGAUCAGAUUUUUGAAACAGACUUCAAUAAAACAACAACUGGUGAGUCUUUAGUUGUAAUGGCAUCUGACACUGGUCGUGAUGAUAACAUUUAUGUGCCUUGUAACAAUUUACAAAAUUUUAUUGAAAAGAAUGAUGUAGAUAUUGCACCAGACGUAGUUCAGAAGAGUCCACUGAUGUCUAUUCAGCAGUCUAUUAUAUCAUCUGAUUCUCAAGAUUCUUUAUCUUUGAAUGAUCCUGCUUUGAAUUUAUCUCCUAAUUAUUUUAAUUUUGGUUUAACAUCCUGUCCCUUUGGAACCCCAAAUUUGGAUAACGUCUCUGCAAAUCUGCAACUUCAUAAUCAAAAUGAUCCACCCUCCACUUUGUGUACACCUGAUACUGCUACACGUCCUCGUUCUCUACCCAACCUUACUUCUCAGGCACCGAAUACUGACUCCCUUUUUAACUUUUCUUUUCGCAAUAAUGAACUUUCUACUUCCUUUCUUCUUGGGGGUGAUCUACCACCUACUUUAGAUCAUAACAGCUCUUCAAAGCAACUUUUUGGAGAAUCAGGAGAUAUUCUUUCCAUGCCAUCUUUUGCUUCUAGUAAUGAGCCAAAUGUAAUGGAUUGUGAUGCAGAAAAUUUUUUCAACAUUUCCCGAAACAAUGAGCAUCUCUUCAAAACAGCAGAUGACAUUUGGGAUGUGUCUGGUGGGAAUGAAAUUGUGUCAGAAAUGGCAGUAGAUAGCUGUGACCAUGUACCGCCGUUGGUGCCCAGUUUUUCAUCAAAUUCUGAUUCACUGCUUGCGUGCAAUUUAGUUUUCCCUAACGAUCCUUUGUUAGAUUGUACAAUUGAUGCCAGUUCUUUUAACACUGAAGAUUUUGUAUUAACAUAGUAUAUACAAAAAAGCUGGAGUUUUGGUGAUUUUUUUUAAGACAAAAUUAUCAAAGUAAGCUUCUGCGACGAAUGACAUGAAGCACAUCAGAGAAUUAUAUACUUAAAGAUCUUUUGUAAAUUUCUGAAUACUCAAAUUUUAUAAAUGUAUAGAUAAUAAUGGAUAUUUAUGGAGUCUGCAUUUGAACUCAAGGUGUUUGAACUUUCUUUAAACUGUAAGAGAAUAAUUUUGUGGCAAAGUGUUAAGAAGACAAUAUAAGGCAACUGUUGCAUUUGUGGACAUAAACACUAAUUACACUUUCUGGAUUUUCUUUAUAUGUGCUUAUUGAUGCUAGAAUCAGAAGUGUUCAGAUUAUAUUAAUAAACUGUUGUGUAUCCCCUAAAAUAUUGUUGAAUAACUUGUCAGCCAGAUAAAGAUUUGUUUUUAAACAAAGAGUAGAUAUGGAAGUUGGAGUUUAUUAUACUCUAAUAUGUGUUGAAUUUGUAAAAGAAAGCUUGAAUAUUGUGUCUUGUGUGUAAAAAAGUGAGUUGUUAAAUGUCCAUCAGUUUGUUUUAUCUGAAGUUUUACAGACUUAACUAUAGAAUCUAAUAAGAAUAUCCUGUUUAUAUAUUGUGACAGCAGUUUGCUAUAUUAUAUUGCUUAAACUAUAUACAUGUUUGAUGUACAGAUUUUAUUUUUAAUGCUGUAAAGUAUAUCUGUGAAAAUGGCAGCCUUUUUUUUUUUUUUUUUUCCUAAGUUAUUUCAUUAAAAAAAAUUUUUUUUUUCAAAUUAAGAAAGUCUUAAAAACAAUGCUUCUAAAAUUUUUUGAACCUCAUUUUUUUAACCCUAAAGUGCCACCAAAAUGCAUAUAUAUCUAUCUUCUGAGUGUUUAGUUCAAAGUAUGAAUGAUAUAUUCUUAUAACUCUGAAAUUUACACAUUUUUUAAUGGUAUAUAUUUAUGGAAUGCUCCCGAUUUGUUGAAAACGCAUGCAAUAUUUUGAACACAGCCAUUGAUUAUUUUAAGGAGUUUAUGUAUAUUUCAUUUAUAAAAUUAAAAAAAAAUUUCCCAAUUUCAUACAUAUAUAUACUUUUGAUGAUAUUGCAUUAUUUAAUAAAUUAGACUAAAGAUUGUGAAAAUUUAUUUAAA